AAAUCUACAACAUUUUUACAUAUCAUCAUGGGCAAACAGCAGUAACAAAUUUUCGGUUAAAAAUCAAUCAAAUUACCUUCCUGCAGCCAUACAGCCAUCCAUCCGCUGACUCUGCCUCCACCCCCUUAAAACAGGUCAACAUCAUCCUUUUGAAAAAUAAGAAAAAAAAAAACAGGAGUACUUUGUAUUCCCUUUUUUCGCCCAUAACCAAUAUGAGUGUGUGUGCGUGAGUGUGCUCCAACAUUUACGUCGUUUACUUGCUUUGCUGUUAGCUGCCGCUGCUUCUGCCUGCCUGCCAGCAUUCUCUACUCUUCUUUGUUGUGACUUUGACUUUGGCCAAGAACAGAGCAAAAUAUAACGUCAGCGUCGUGGAAUUGUCGGGAAUAAGCAAAAGCACAACAGAGCGCAGCCCCAUUAUCGCAGUCAGCAACAAAUCCACUAAAAGCAACAACAGCAAAACAUUUCGAAUGUAAAUAAAAAAUAAUUGUACAAUAACAGAAAAUAGCAGAGAGCAAGAAAGAGACUUUAAAAGUGAAUGAGAGAGAAAGCAAUCUACGAAUACAACAAUAACAACAAACAAAAGACAACAAAAACUUCUUGCAUCGGAAAACAGAUGAUUUUUGUUAUGUUUCUGCAAGUUCCCUCCUAAACCCACCACACAAACAAUAGUCGUCAAUCAUUCUCCCUUAUUUGUAUACGUGUAUAUGAGUUGUGUGAAUGUAUGCUGGUGGGGGUCUUUCGUUCAGUUUCUUCUUUUUGUGAUUUGAUUGUUGAGCAUUGUCGAUGUUUGUUUGUUUGCUCCUCUAAACGCCACCUUGUUGUUCUUCAUCUAUCUACACCUCUGUCCGCUGUGAUCAGUUUUAUUAUUGGCUAUUUUUUUCUCUGGACUCUCCUGCGUAUCUCCCCACAAGCCUUUCAACAUAUCUUCCCAAUCGGAAGUCUGGCGACAGCUGGUGUUAUUAUCAAACAUAAAUACUUACCUACAAAACUUGAUUGUUUCUGGAUAUCAUCAUCGUUAUUUUUUCAUUGGAUACUUAUGUCUUGAGCUCUUAGCUCAGCUGAUGGUGGCGACAGUGGUUAAUUAUAACAUCAUUGUUCAACAUUUACUGCAAAAGUUCCGGAAUUCUUAUAUUUGAUAAUUGGGGUCGCUGACGACACACACAACCAUAAAAGCAGAAAUAAGAAAAAACAAAAAUUAUUUCGUUGAUAGCUGUAACAACGUUUCAAAAUCAGCCAUCGAUUGCGAUCAGCGUUCGUAAAGUAUACGAAAAAAAAAGGAAACAAAAGGUUUCUUGGUGUCAGACAUAAACACUUGGCAGACAGUUUGUCUCCAACCGAUGUGGAAAUUUAAGUGACAAUAACCACAUCGUUGAGUGCAAUACAAGAAAUAAAAGAGAACAAACACAACACACUCGCUGCACAAUAAAACUGAAAAGGAAAGAAAAAAACUACCAAGGUUCGAUUAAUUAAAAAAAGCACAAAUAAAUAAUUAAUAUCUUCAAAGAGAACUCGAUUUAAACAACAGUAAAAGGAAAGGAGUUGUUGUUGUCGAACGAAAUUUCUCUUUUGCCAAACUCUCUUGCUUAGACUUUCUCUUACGAUUUUUUCACUCUCUUGGAGUUUUUAUGCUUCGAACGAGAGUCUUGAAAAAAUCUUAAAAAUCCCCAACAAUAGAGAAAGAGAAAGGGAUAUACCGUACACAAAGAGUAAUAAGACGAGCCAAGCUUGAAGAGCCCUUAGGCUGCUCCCCCCACUCACCCUACACCAUUGAUUUCUAAGGACAAAGCAUUACAAAAUGUCUGCAGAUUCACCAAGACGUUCAACGGGCAAUACAUCACGUGGCCUGGUAGCUGUGCCCUCGAUAGUGCCACCACAAGUAGUCAGUGACAGAUCAAUAUUGGACUCUGCCAUUGGUUUCAUCAAUGAGGUCACCUUGGCCCAUCCACCUCACACAGAUCCCAAAGACACCAUAACAUGGGCCAGAUUUGAGACCGCAGCCGAUAUUAGUGAUCCUCGAUUUGGUGAAGAUUGGGAAUUGGAUGGAAAUGUUGCACCUCCCUUGUUGCUUAUACUAGGCUAUGGUCUGGGCGUGCAAGUUUGGGCCAUACCCGCCAAUGGUGAAGCUGUUGAGGUUCUAUCCUGGCGUCAUGGCAUUGUCUCAGCUUUAAGAGUCUUACCCACACCUUCAACAUCAACAGGGGCCAUAGAAGAGAAUGGUCGGGCCGAUGAGCCCAUAGAUGUCUUUGCUGACAAACGACCCCUCAUAGCCUUGGUUGAUGGCAGCUCUUCGUCGGGCGCCCAGCCACAAUUUUGUGCUGUUAAUUUCAUUUCCCUUAAGACUGGUACCCAAGUAAAAGCCAUCAAAUUUAAGAAUCCCGUCAUAGAUGUGCUGGCCAAUCGCUCCUCAAUUGUGAUCACAUUUCAUGAACGCAUAGCGGUUUUUGAUGCUCGCACACUGGAGGAUCGUUUGUCCAUAACAACUUGUUAUCCCAGUCCAGGCAUCAACCCCAAUCCCAUUGCCUUGGGUCCCCGCUGGCUGGCCUAUGCUGAACACAAACUUCUACACUCCAAGCGUAGUGGAGGUGGCUGUGAUGGUGAGGGAGUGGCCAGUUAUACGGCCACAGUAUUAAAUGCCUCCAAAUCUUUGGUUAAGGGUCUAAGGGAAUUGGGUGAACAAGUGGCUGCCGGUUUGACGGGUACCACAGGCAGCACUUCCAGCUCCAAGAAUCCCUCAUUCGAUUCUGGCAUUGGGCCUGAUUCCAAACAAUCCGGCGUUGUAACCAUAAUAGAUAUAAAGCACCCCUUAAGGGAUUUUAGUCCCACCUCCGGUGUACCCAUGUCCAGCUCGCAAUCGGCCGGCACCGAUCCCAUAGUGGCCCAUUUCAUAGCCCACUCUGAGGCUUUGGUGGCCAUGGAAUUUGAUAACUCUGGCAUGCUUUUAGUUACAGCCGAUCGCCGUGGCCAUGACUUCCAUGUCUUUCGCAUACAAGCCAAUCCGGUGGGCUCCAGCCUUGCCGCUGUCCACCAUCUGUAUGUUUUGCAUCGCGGUGACACCAGUGCCAAAGUGCAAAAUAUUUCAUUUUCUUUGGACUCACGCUGGGUGGCUGUCUCCACAUUGCGCGGCACUACCCAUGUGUUCCCCAUCACCCCAUAUGGUGGCCCCAUGGGUGUAAGAACCCAUACAUCACUGCAUGUGGUUAACAAAUUGUCACGAUUCCAUCGCUCUGCCGGUCUCUCAGCCGAGGGUCGUUCCAACUCACCCAUCACACACUCGGAAAGUACCACCUUCUCGUUGUCGCUGCAACCGUAUCACAAUCCCACAUUGCCACCUUAUCCGCGUCCCACUGUGGUUAUGCCUUUGGCUCAGUUACGGCAACCCUUUGCUCUCGGCUCGCCACCAGGUUCGGCCACCAUAGCAAGUGGGAAGUCGGGUCCUGGUGCUCAGGGUUCUGGUUCUCAGCGACAAAGGCUAUCCUCGCUGUCGGAUGAUAGUGGCAAACCACUAAGUGUUUGUGCUAUAUUUGCUAAAUCACGUUCAUGGCUUUUGGAUCCGCCAAAUGUGACACGAGAAGCUCCGCAUCGUAUGCAGCGUAAAGCUGUUGACUCGCUGUUUGUAAUGGCCGGGCAUGGAGCACUGAUACAAUACGAUUUGGAUACAAAGCUUGCCUCCAAUGUUGCCAAAGAAAAGAUAUGUGAUGAUACUCCCAUUGAAUUGGAAGUCGAAGCUAAAGCUCAAUGGAAUUUAGGACGUCGCAAAGAAGGAUCUCAAGAGAUAACACCUCCGCUAACACUGGACAAUUGGUUGGUUAAAAAUCGUAAUUCCUGCAUGUUAACCGAUAGCACUAGACAAUAUGAUGACUCCGAUGAUCGGGGUGAAUCAUGGCUGGCACAAGUAGAAAUUGUAACUCACGCUGGACCACAUCGUCGUUUAUGGAUGGGUCCACAAUUCGUAUUUAAAACCUACAAUACACCCAGCGGGUCAAAUUUAAGCCACGUUGAUAUUGAGGCUGUUGAAAUCGGCACCAAUAAGACAACUACAACUACAACAAAACCCGAGCAUUCAAGUCCCUUAAAUAUGCCACUUACGGCUGCAGGACGUUCGAGCGCUGUGCCUGUACUCAUUGAAUCAGGAUCUUACAGCAGCAUUGAACAAAGUCCCAAAUUAAUGGAUCGUUUUCGUCACGAUCACUUGGAUUCAGACUACUCUGUAGCUCAUGGUGACACACGUCUAAAGGAGGACUUGGCCGAUGCUAUGCGCGAAUCACCCUCUGUUUCGGCCACCUCUAAAGAAUCGGGAGGAGGUCGUGUUAGUGAAACCGGGUGUUCAAGUGACAAUAUAGCCUUCUACGAUGCUCUUGCCGAACACGAUGAUCAAGACCAGGAAUCGGAUUUUCUACACGAUCGUAAUGCCUCGGUUGCCGCCUUGGCCAGUGCUUUGCCCAACAUCUAUUCGUAUGACAACAGCUCUAGUUAUGAGUCCAUAGACUCACUAAAAAAGCCCAAUGUCUCCAUAGAGAAAAUUGUCAAUCCCUUGGGUACAGUGACCACGGUGACCUCGUGUCUAACAGCCGAGGUGAAAAAAGAUAUUUUGGAUGAGGUGGUCUCUCAGCUGGCCGCCGAAGAUACUGUUAUACAUGAGAAUUGUGAUGAGAGUCUUUUCCGUCCUGUAGUUGCCAUAUUUUGUGAUGAAAAGACCCGUCUCAGGCAGGAGGAAGAGGCUCUAAAAAAUCAAGAGCUGUGUCAGCCUCCAGAGAAUAUAAGCAAUAAAUUGAUAGUGCCUGUAAUAGCAAAAGAAGUUGAUGAUGCUCUCAACAAAAAGGAGAAACAGAAGAAUAUCUCCAAAAUUAAGCCAUUACAGGGUAAAGAGCAAGAUUUUGUGGGGGGAAAGGAGCAGAGAAAAUUUGAAGAAAUGUCAGCAUUGAAUAAGAAGUCCAGAAAUGAAGAAGAGAAACCCAUGACAACGAAGGAGAAACAGAAAGAGAAGGAAAAAGAAAAACUCUCCUUAGAAAAGAACAAAGAUAAGGCCAGUACUGCAGAGAGCCAAAAUUUAGAGAUUAAGCCUAGAUUACCUAAAGAAAAUGAAGAGGAAGUAAAAUCGAAAACAAAGUCAACAUCAGAGAUUCAUGAAACUAAAGAGAUUAGCAAAGUGUCAAGAAAAGAGAGCGAUACUAGUCUCUCAGCAACAAAAGAUAGUGAAAGGAGUAAUAAACCCAAAGUUGAGGAAGAAAACAGCAAAUUAGGAGAAGAGAGUGAGAAAGAUGCUCAGCAAAAUUCUGAAACAAAAAACUCUGCCAAAACAAAAGAAAGGCAAAGAAAAAGUGAAGAGCGAGACUCACUAGAGAGAGAUUCAACGAAAGAGAGCAGUAGAAGUUCAGCAGACAAGGAAAUGAGUCCCAAGCCGCAGGUAACAAAUAAAAAGGCCACCAAACCCUCAACUACAGACGAUUCAGAAGAUGAUAAGCCUUUGGAAUUUAUGAGGAUGACACCAGGCAAGGUGGAGAAAGCCACUGUGGCUAUUCCAACAAAAUCUCUCUCAAAAAAAGAAUUAAAAAAGCAACAGCAGCAGAAGGCCAAAGAAGCAGAAGAGGCCAAGAUAAAUGAGAAAAAGAAAAUAGAUAAAGAAAAAGAAGAACAACAAAAGAAAGUAGAGGAGGAGAAGGGGGAUAGAGAGGAAAAAUUUCCUGAAACUCCCUCAAAGAAAAAAUUAAAAGACAAAACCGAUGAACCUAAAGAAACUUUAAAGGACUUCUCUGUAAAAAGUGAAGAACUCUCCAAGAACUUAAAUAUAAAAAGGGAGGAUUCUAACAAGGACUCUCCUACAGAAGCUGCCCUUACCAUUAAAAGAAGCUCAAUUGAAAAAACUGCCACCAUCGUCAAAGAGAAUACUGAAGAAGAGCUGCCAUCCAAAAGAGAAAUAACAAAAUCUGCCACUAACAAAGAAGCGAAAAUCAAUAUCAAGACGGAACAAUUGAAUGUUAAGGAUUUAGCCGAUAGCUUGAUGGAAAUUCAAACAGAGGACUCCACCAGCGAGCUGGAGAAACUAACGUCCCCUUUGGAGACGGUAGAGGUUUUCACCAUACCAAGUGUCACCGCCACUGCCAAAGUUUCUAAGAAAAAUAAAAAGAAAGGCAAUAAGUCAGGUUCAAGCUCUGAAACUGAAGAAAUUAUAGAAAUGCCACAAACUUCAAAGAAAAAAUCUUCCAUUAGCUCGGAAGAGAGUUUUCCGGAUAUAGCCGAUCGUUUGUUGGAGAGAAAAGAUGAUAAGGAUAUGGAGGAAACCAUGUAUGUUAGUUUCACACUGACUGAAGAGCGUAAGAAACCCAAAGAUAAAGCAGAGAAAGAGAAUCCGAAAGAGAAAGCUGAGAAAUCUCUAGCAAAACUUGAAGAAGAGUCGAAAGAAACAGAAAAUAAGAGAAAGAAAUCUUUCUCUGGUGAGCAACAAGAGGAGAAGGUAGUCAUAAAAAAAGACUCCAAGGACUCUCUAGCAUCCAAGAAAGCCGUCAAAGAAACAGAGAUUUCCAACAAGGAAAAGUCUCCCCUUUCAAAUCCAGAAUUAAAGAGUAAUAAAAAAGCAACAGAGAAAAUCGUUGGUGAGAAUAUUUCUGAGGAGAAAAAUGAAAAGAAAACUGUUCCCAAGUUAGCUGAAAAAACCACAGAGAGAAAAACAAAGCCACUGUCAAAGCAAAGCAGUGUAGAAAGCAUUGCAGAGGAGAACACACAAUCAGUUAAAAAUGUCACCGAAGAGAGUGACAAAGAGAAAUUAGUGAAGAAUAGUAAAACCUUUGCGAAAGAGAAGAUUUCUUUAAAAGAUAUGAAAACUAAAGAACCCCUAAGUGAUAAUGAGGGGAGUGAUGAAGAGAGUUCCAUUAAGGUUAGUAAGAGUGAUAAGAACGUUAAAGAGAAAUCCGACAAAGAGAAGGAAAGUAUAAAAACAAAAGAGGAUAAUACAGAAGAGAAAUCCUUGAAGCUCGGUAAAAUCAAAGAGAGAGGAAAAGAGGAUGCCAGUACAUUAAAAGAGAUCGAUGAAAGCGAUAAAGAGAAACGUGCUAAAGCCAGUAAGGUAAAAGCGAAUGUAAAAGACAACACUGCUGAGAGCGAAGAAGAGAAACUCACAAAAGCCGGUAAGGCAAAAGAGAAUAUUGAAGAUAGUGAAAAGAGCAAACAAGAAAAAACCGUAAAAGAGAAGUCAAUGUCCUCUGAGGCGAGUGAUAACGAGAAAUAUGCUAAAGAGAGCAAUGAUAAGUCCACUGAAGAGAAGUCUACAAAAGGCAAAAAGAUCUCUGGCAAUAAUAAGAACGAAAAUGAAAGUGAAGAUAAAAAAUUGGGAAAAGCCAAAGUUUUGGAGAAAUCAGAAGAGAGCGGCAAAGAUAAAGUUAAAAGCAGCAAAGAUAUAAAGUUGGUAGAAGAAUGUGAAACCAAAAAAGAUGAAGAAGUGGCAAAAAAGAAACCCCAAGGAAAGACAUUGGAUGAUAACUCCCGCGAGGACAAAAAGAAAGAUCAAAAACUGGCUGAAGCUGCGAAGGAGAGUGCAAAAGCAAUGCAACCUUUAGAUUCAGAAACCAAAUCCAAGGUCCCAGAUGCUGCCAAAGCAAAAGAAUCCUUGGAAGAGGCAAAAUUAAAAAAAACCAACUCCAAAGAUGAUACUUCCACCAAAGUCGACAAUUUUGCCUCCAAGCUUAGCAGCAAACCUGAAGUCAUAGUAGAACAACCCAAAUUGCAAGUCAAGCAGAAAAAGGAAGAAAUGGAAAAACAAAUGGCAGCCAUGGAAAAGGAAACAACCAAGGAACCAUCUAAGGCGACGAUAAGCAGCAAGGCUAAACCUACACCUCCCUCAUCUCCCAAAAAUAAGGCAGAAAAGUUAAGCAAAGGUAAAUCUGAAGAAGCAGAAGACACCAAUGCAGGAAAACUUUUGCAAAAAUCCACGCCUCCAAACACCACAAAGGGUGAACAGGAAAUACAAACAAACACAGAAAAAGAGGAGGAAUUCAAAAAGCCAACUUGGGCCUCCAUCAGCAAACCGGGAAAACCGGUAAAAGCGGAUGAUUUUGAGAAGGAAUAUAAGGUGAAGGUUAGUGAGUCUCAUAGCCAAGAUACCUUGGAGAGUAAAACUCCAAAGAUAACGCCAACUUCACCCAGGAAGUCUGCAGAGAAAUCAUCCAGCAACACUGGGAAGGACAUCCCAACCCCUUCUGUACCGCCACCACCACCCCCCGUAACCUCAGCCUGGAAAACCAUGAGUGGAGCUGAAAUGAUUGCCCAAAAUCUCAAUAAACAAGAUACAAAAACUGAUAAGGCCUUUCCCUCGCUGGGAGGGGCCAUACCAAAAGCUACCAAAGCCCCAAGCAGUGAAAAAUUACUUCCUGAACUACCCACUCCCAAGGAAAUGAAAGAACCAAUGUCUCUAACAAAAAGCUCGCCCAAAAAAUCUAAAUCCAAUUCCUCGACCUUAGAUGAUUUUCCCAUAUUGAAACCCUUGGAUGCUUUACCGCCUCUGCCUACUUUAGAACCUUUGGAACUGAUUGGCGAGGCGGCAAAUCGCUCAGGCAAAGAUGUCAGUUUGAUUAAUUUUGAAAGUCCUUUGCAAGAAAAUCCCGCAUUGGAGCGCAAAAUUACACCUCCACCGCGAGGGUUUACCGAACAAAAUCUCAUUUUUGCUCUCUGCGGUUCGCUGCACUAUGAGAAUGAACAACGUUCUCGUUUGACACCCGAAAAAUCGGAUGUAUCUCCCACCACCCCCUCUUCGUCUAAUCGCUCUUCUUCGGCCUUGGAUGAACCCUCCAUGGCCGAUUAUAAAUCGCUAACGGAAAAUGAUGAUCCUUACAUCAGUUUGGAGCAAAGUUCCCAGGAUACCUACACCACCAACACCAAUACAACCAAUGACAAAUUCUCUUCGUCCACUAACUCUUCGGGCACCGAAGAGAUCAUCAUUAUGGAGGAGAAGAAAAUGACCAAAAAACAAAAACGUAAAAGACAACAGCAGUUGUUGGAAUUGCAAAAGCAAAAGGAGCAACAAUUGCAGCAACAUCAUCAUCACCACCAGCACCAUCACCAUCAAAUGGAUGAUGACGAGUUGAGACCUUUGAUUGCCAUGAGUGAAUCUCAAAUAGAGAAUAUAGCCGUAGGCAGUGCUUCCUCCGCCACUAUGCCUUCUCUGCUGGAUGAAAGUUUCUCCCUUAAACCUUUAAUAACCAAAUCAAAUACUCUAACCCACUCCACUACCACAGACAGUGAGGGACCCAUGCCGGCCACCACCUCAGAUGACAAUGUCUUCAUUAUGCCCUCCUCCACGAACACCGGCACCGGCACCAGCUCCGGCAGUGGAGGUCAACAUAAAAUAAAGACAAAAAAAUUGGAACAUAAAAUCAAUCUAAUGGCGGCCAUAGAAGCGGCCACUUCCUCUUCCACCUCAUCGGCUGAAGAAAGUGGCGUUGAAUUGGGAGGUGGAGGCCGCUCUCACGAUGCCGACGAUCACCCUGUGCUGUGUGGCCCCUCUUCAUUGAUCUCGUCAGCUAGUGUUGCCUCGUCUCUGGCAGCCUCGUCCUCUAUACUUCCCCCCUUGUCCAUGGCAGCUGUGGUAGCCGCUGGUGGUUCUGCCUCUCAUGCGCCCAUGACACUGAAUGCUUCAGCUGCGGCGGGGGCUUUAAAAAAGAAAACCAAAAGACGUAAGAGAUAAGAAUUAGCCAUUUGUUUGUUUUGUAUUUUUUGUUUAAUACUUGUCUAUUAUUUGUAUGUGGUCUAUUUUAGUCACAUUUUUGUAGUGGUAGCCAGCGGUACCACCGCUGUGAUUGGUACCGAUGGCACGGUAAUGCAUCGCCACACCCCUAGUACUUCAAGUGGUGGUGAUGGUGGUGGUGGUGUUUAUGCUGCUAAUACUCUUUUUAAAGAUCCAAUCUGACAAUCGAAUGUGGAGAUCCAUUAGCUGUUAAGAAAUGAUCCAUGUGAGAUUUGAGAAAAUAUUUAUUGUCGUUGAGAUUUUUUAUAC